AUGACCAAAACAAUAGACACACAUAUCAAAUCAACAAAUGAAUCUCUUUUAGAAACAUCUGCAAGCACCCCGAAAGAGCAACAAGAUACUUCCAGAACUAAUGAAAAGAAUAAUACUCAUGGCAGUAUAUUAAAAAGAACAGAGGAUACGAUUCUAAACACUGAAAAUUCAAAUAUGAAGGAAAAUUCAGAAACUCAAAAUGUAGACUUAACAAGCAAUUCUACUUCCAACAAAGAAAUAGCACAAGAGGUAACUUCUCCUAUGAUUAUUAUCGAUAACAAUAACUAUGAACUGCAAGAACCUGACC